AUGGCUCAUUGGUUGAGAAAGGCUGCAGUUGCUUUACUCGCUGCUAGCUCAACCACUAUAUUCCCAAAUCAAAUUGAUGAAGAUACUAGUGGACAUUGGCCAUUUGAAGUCACUGCGCCAAUUGCAAAACCAAACACUCCAUCGUGCAGUAUCCUCUUGGCCCAAACAUCGUUUGGAAAUACUUACGGUCGUCCGUUUGUUGCGUCGUAUACUCCUCAAUGUGGUGGUGACCCUCAGGCUUGGAGUCUGAUUGUAUUAAAGUACGAAGCUUCUGGGACAGGUAGACAGUUUGAUAGGACCUCUGGAGUCUGGCUCGGUGGAGUGGAAUUGUUGAGAACUACUACUGCCGAACCUUCGCCAAACUUUACCGUGUCGUGGACUAUUGAAAAAGAUGUGACUCGCUUUGCUUCAGUAUUCGCCCUCAAGAAUGCCAAAUUGGUUGUCGCACUGGACAAUAUAGUCAACGACAUAUAUACUGCAGUCUUGCAUGUCAAUGUGACAGCCACCUUCUAUGCUACUGAUACCCAAAAUCCACCUGCUAUUGUGCCAAGCCUCGUAAUUCCAGUAUCAGCAUCCGAGAAGUCGUAUGGUUGGUGGUCGAUGCGUGGUGAAGAGGUGUCUUAUAGGCUCCCGCUUGUGCCACGUAAUGUAGUAAAGGCGAGUUUGGAAGUUUUCAUAUCUGCUCAUGGUUGCGAUGAAUUUUGGUAUACCAACAUACCUUCCUCAGACCCAGAGUGCGGGAACGGAACCUUCAAAGAACUCAUGGUCUCCUUGGACGAGAAAUUGGUAUCCGUUGCCUGGCCAACAGUCACAAUCUAUACUGGUGGCAUAAAUCCGCUCUUAUGGAGGCCCAUAUUUAGCAUUCAGGCAUCCGAUGUACCCUCAAUCGUCCUCGACCUUACGCCUUAUAUUUAUAUAUUGACAAACAACGACCGACAUACCAUUGGCCUUAGUAUCUUCAACGCCAACUCUUACUGGCUCGCAAGUGGCAGCCUACAACUAUGGACCGACAGCAGUAUAGAAGUUUCCAAAGGUGGAAUUAUAGAGAAUGAUAUCCCAGCACCGGUCUUCAUCCACACCUUCAAUAAUAUCACAAAUGAAUCAAAAACCAUCGCCCAUCGGAACAUCUCGUAUUCUGGAUUCUUAUUUGGUAGUCAAGGCCUUGUAAAAACUAUAGUGCGGUCGAAACUGGACUUUGACAAUGUUGUCAAAGUCAAAAGUGGAUUUGACAAUGUUGUCAAAGACAAGUCUGGCCCGAAAGUGGGUUCCAGUGGGCAGCAACGGGUGUUGGGCGUGAAUAGAGUAUCUCGAGCAGAGGUGGACGAUCAAACGGUCUCUCAGUCUCAAUCCAUCGAGACUGUCGUCGAGACUAUAGGAAUCAAAAAGUCUGUGGAAUCACUUCAAAGGGAGAACUUACUAGAGCUCCAUGUUGUGCAGACGUCGUUUGAAGACAAGAGUUUUGCGAUUGAAUCUGAAAUAUUUCAAUCGGUGAAUCUCGAGAAAUUGUCACCAAACACUUUGAUAUCCGUAAACACGAAACAGCAGUCUGAUGGUGACUUUUUUAGGAACGCCACUACUCAAAAAGGGGGAGGUCAGACAACUACAUCGCAGAUCUACGAUAAGAUUACAGAUGUAAAAGGUGCACCGCGUCGCUGCUAUACUCGAAGUGUUACAGCAACAAAUGGCAGUAUCACGUUUGAUGAAUCUGAUAACACAUUCAAAAGCUACAGUGUGUCUGAGAAUAUGGUUGUAAGUCAAGUAGAGAUCUGUCAUAACGGACCCAAGCUCUCGCAAUUCGUCUAUGGAACAUGGCGACUAGCUGAUAACGGAGCGACACGAGAUCCUCAUUUGAUUUUGCAACGAAUUCAAAAAUGUGUCGAGCUCGGCAUCACAUCAUUUGACUUGGCCGAUAUAUAUGGAAUGUAUACGUACGAGAAGGUCUUUGGCCAGGCUCUCGCACUCGCUGGACCCGAAUUCAGACAAAGGAUCCAGCUUAUUACGAAAUGUGAUAUCGUUGCAAAGUCGGAUGCAUUCCCGCACGUGUCGGUCAAACACUAUGAUACGUCCUUUGAAUAUAUAGUAGCAGCUGCCACUCGCUCUUUGCAUGAGCUUGGUGUGUCCUACUUGGAUGUACUCUUGCUUCAUAGGCCCGAUGUUUUGAUGGACGCAGAUGAAGUAGCACGAGCCUUCCACGAGCUCAAAUUGCAAGGAAAAGUGCUUCACUUUGGUGUAUCGAACUUUAAUAGGGACCAGUUUGAAUUGCUACAGAGCCGCUUGGAUUUCCCACUUGUUACGAAUCAGAUUGAGGUGUCGUGUGUGGAGAUGAAGCAUUUACAUGAUGGGACAUUGGACUUUAUGCAAAAGAUACGGACCUGCCCUAUGGUUUGGUCGCCUUUAUGUGGUGGUGCCAUUUUCAAAAGCGAUCAGCCUGAAAAAAUUGCCAGGAUAACGGAGGCACUUAAAUCUGUGGCUGCAGAGAUUGGACCCGAAGCCACUAUCAGUGAUGUGGCCUUUGCCUGGAUCCUAACAUUGCCCUCAAAACCUAUCAUUGUAUUGGGCACAAACGAUUUGGCAAGAUUGGAACAAGCUUCAAAGGUCAACUAUAAACUCAGCCGCUCCCAAUUUUUCACUAUUUGGCAAGCGUCGGCUGGACGCCGUGUGCUAUAA